UCUCUCUCUCUACUAAAAUCCGACUGCUUUCUCUCUCUAAAAAUUCCUCUGCUACUUUCACAAGAAAGGGCAUCGAUUAAAGUCAUCUCUCAUCCCAACUUCCACUCCACUCUUUCUUUACAAGCCUAGGACGUGUGACUCACCCCUGUUGCAGGUCGUUUUCCAAUCCAAACAGACGCCCCAGAUCAAAUAGACGUGCCCUGAAAAAGCAUCUCAACCGUCGGUUCCAUCGCCUUCUCAAUAAUACUCUUGUUUUGCCUUGGCUUUUUUAUGUUGUGUUCUGCUGAGAGAGAGAUCAAUGGAGAUCUGAGUUACCUCUGCAACUUCAAUACCCAUCUCUCCUUCACUGUGGGAAUUCCUUAUAGAACCUGAAGAAAACUCUAGAAGAAAAGCUUCGAAAAAGAGCCGUUGGUGUUCUUGUGGAGCUCUUUACAGGUGCCUUGGAUUAUGUUUUCUGAUUAAAAAGGCCUCUGCAGCUUCUUCAUUUUCCAUUAAGAAUAGAAAAACCAGUAGAAUUCUAGCUCCUUGUCCACAUUGAAAAGCCUUAAGGGCCACAUUACAAAUCCAUUUCUUUAUGCUUUAGGAAAAUGCUGUUCUGAUCAAAAGGCCGAAUUCCCUUUCGGAAAUGGUAAACCUUGGCAAACCCCAUUAAAGUUAUAUUUCUUCUUCUUGCUCUGCAAAAAAGAACUAGAAAAACCCAUCUACCAUGGCUAUAGAUUUGUGCUCUGAGAGCUCGGGAUGGCCUAUAAGCCCAAGAAUCUCAUUCUCAUAUGACCUCUCUCAAAACGACUGCAGCUCUCCUCAUAGAGAAGACACUACUCUUCUCAAUCGCGAUCCUUCUUCGGACUUCGAUUUCUGCAUCUCCUUGAGAGAAGAAGUAACCUCCUCAUCAGCUGAUGAACUCUUCUUCGACGGCAAGAUCCUACCCCUUCAACCCAGAAAACCAGAGGCCCCAAAAAUUGAAGAGACUUUGAAACCACCAGUAGUGGAGGAUCCCACGCUGUCGAAGAAAGAAAGCCUGAAGGAAAUUAUGGAAUCAGAGACCAAACCAGCAAGCAAAUCGUUUUGGAAUUUCAGAAGAAGCAGUAGCAUGAACAGUGGGAAUAAAGUGAAGCAGGGAUUGAUGGGUUCCAUUACUGGUCUCUACAGAAGCAAUUCUACUGGUUCUUCGAACCCCAAAGAGAAUUCAAAGACUCCUAGUAGAAAACCCAUUAAAGCAAUGGUUUCACCAGAGGAACCCAAAAAGGAGAAGCUCUCUUUUAAAGAACCCAAGUUGGUAAUGGGGAAGAAGAGGCAGGGGAUUCCCAGGCCCCCAUUGCAGGGGAAUUACAGUGGUUACAGUGGAAUUAGGAUUAGCCCUGUUCUUAAUGUGCCUUCUCCAUGUGUUUCUAAAGGUGUGAAUGGGAUUUUUGGGUUUGGUUAUUUCAUUUGCAGAAAGGAGAAGAACAGGAAAAAACCAUCUGAAAAUUCUCCAUGAAUUUAUCAGAGUUGUGUGUUUGAAAUCGUAUAUUGAAUGUUGGGUUUAAGCUUGUGAUUUUAUGUAUAUUUUUAUUCUUGUGUUGCA